AUGUCUAGAUACAAAACUGAUCUCGAGAUAUGUAUGAAAAUUCCUGGGUCUAAAAUCGGUUUAUUGUGUUCCCACUGUGAUGGCAGGUGCCCGACAUGUGAUUCGAAUGUCAACUCCAAGCGUCUUGUUCAUAUUUGCGAUGAAUGUUCUUUUGGUUCAAUGGGGAAAAGCUGCAUCAUAUGUGGAUAUAAUGCUAAGCCAGGAGAGCAAAUGCACGAGGCUUACUAUUGCUCACAAUGUUGCUUGUUAGAAAGGGAUAGAGAUGGUUGUCCAAAGAUUCUGAAUGUAGGAAUUGCAAGAUCAGAUAGGUUUUUUCAAAAAAAAUCAGUUGAUCUUUAA